AGACGGCCGGGAGCGAAUCCGGGCGCCCAGUCCCCGCACCUGCCUGGCUGCGAGGCUGCCUCCCCCCCCCCCCUCCACUCCUCCACCCUUCUCCGCCACCACCACCACCCUCCCCCGCUGCGCCAGCGCCGCGGCUGCUGAGGAAGAAAAAAACAAGGGGAAGAAAUCUCCUCCCCCGUGCUGUUGCCGUUUGUUUGGCCUCGACCGCGGACCGCCGCUACCAUCCAAAAGCGCGGGCAGCAGGCCGGUGUCGUCGCCCACGCCCCCAGCGGGAUCUUGCUGCUCCACCGCCGCCCUGCUGGGAUCCUCCAUUCAACUCGCGCCUGCUCCAGAUAUUUGACCCGUCAGGCGGCGGCGGCAGGCAGCCAACCCAGGAGAAGAAGAGCUGGGAAGGUGUUCUUCACUUGAGCUCAUCUCAUCGUCAGAGACUCAGAGGCAGGCAGGCCAGCAGUAAGCAGAUUCCACUGUUGCUGCGGCGCAAGGAGCAUUGUCGUGGGCGUGGCGUGUCUGGCCAAUUCGCGUGGAGACGGAGGAAUUGCCGAUGGGCGUUUGCUGACCAGCGCGCACGUACUGUUCCAUUCCACUUCCACCGGCGGUCGAGGCGAGGACAGCGCUUGCCCUGCGGCGGGCGGCGGCAAAGUGUUUCGAAAUGCUGGCGUGCAUCGCCUGCUCGACCAAGGACGGCGGGGAUCAGGACGGCGGCCCCCGCGCCGCCACGCCCCACGGGAGGGACGCCGGCAGCAAGUCACUCACAUCCCAGCUCAAGGACAUGGUGCUCAAGUUCUCCGGCUCCGGCAGGCAGUACAAGGCCGCGACGAGCCCGUCGUUCAGGGGCAACCGCUUCCACCGUAACAGCCGCCUUGCCGCGUACCCGGGCGUCAUCGACGACUCGGGCUUCACGUCGGACGGCGCCGCCGAGGGCUACAGUAGUUACAUGAGGACGAGGACGGACGCGACCGCCGCGAGAACCAUGCCUGCCCCUCCGCCGUGGGACGCGGCCACCAAGGUCGCCCGUGGCUUCCCGCAGCAGCACGUCAGGAGCCCGAGCGCGAGCUGGAUUCCGAGCAUCGGGGAGGAGGAGGCGGAGGAAGAGGAAGAGGAGGAGGACGACGAGGUUGUCGUCCUGGAAGAGGAUCGCGUGCCGAGGGAGUGGACGGCCCAGGUGGAGCCCGGCGUGCAGAUCACCUUCGUCUCCAUCCCGGGCGGCGCCGGCAACGACCUAAAACGAAUCCGCUUCAGCCGCGACAUUUUCAACAAGUGGGAGGCGCAGCGGUGGUGGGGGGAGAACUACGACCGCGUGGUGGAGCUCUACAACGUGCAGACGUUCAGCCGGCAGCAGGGCAUCUCGACGCCGACGUCCUCCAUCGACGACGCCACGCAGAGAGACUCGUCGUUCUACUCCCGCGCAGGCUCGACGAGGGAGAGCCCGGUGAUCCUGCCGCCGACGACAGCGGUGGGCAGGGAGCAGCCGAUCGUCCGCGCCACUUCGUGCAGGGCCAUGGCGGCGGCAGCUUCUUCCACGGCCCGUGCCGCGUGCAACCCGUCGUCCAGUGCCGUGCCGGACCCGUCGGACCACGUGUGGGCGCACCACUUCAACCUGCUCAACUCCGCGCCGGCGCCGGGUGCUCCGCCGCACCUGGACCCGUCGCGCGCUACCACGUCGUCCCUGGACGAGGCGUCCGUGUCCGUGAGCAACGCGAGCGACCUGGAGGCCACGGAGUGGGUGGAGCAGGACGAGCCCGGCGUGUCCAUCACCAUCCGCGAGUUCGGCGACGGCACCCGCGAGCUCCGCCGCGUCCGCUUCAGCCGGGAGAGGUUCGGCGAGGACAGGGCCAAGGUGUGGUGGGAGCAGAACAGAGACCGAAUACACGCGCAGUACCUGUGACGUCUGGAUGUGCAGUGCGUGCCGCCUUGGAUGGAAGCCAAGCCACCAAUCCAUGGACAAUACUAGAGUACUGUAGGGCUGAGUGAUACUACUAUCUGCUAGUGCUAGUUUUUACAGGGUGAACAGAGGUUGAAAGAGGUCCACGGAAUGGAGCCUGUGUAAAACAUGUUUGCUACUACUGAUCAGGGUUUGUGUGUUGAUGACCAAUGUAAUUUUUUUCCUUGGUGAUACUAUUGUGUUGAUCUCAUCA